CUGUAGUAGAAGGUUCUAUCAGAAUGAACGAACAACGAACCACAAAGAGCAGAACAUGGCGACAUGGUAUUGUAGUACAAAUUGUUCUUAAUCUCAUUCUUUAUGAAUAAAUAGAAUCGAGUGGGUGCGAGGGAACUUGUAUCUUGUCUCGCAGAACUAUUAGGAGAGCACUUGGAACAUAAAAUAAAAAAAGCCGCUGAAACAUGAAUUACAAUCACUCAAAUGCACGUCGAGGAAAGCCGAAGAGAUUAUUAGAUCCAUCGGCUGGUUUAUCUGCACCAACUCCUCCAAUGCCGCAGAAUCCAUAUAUGCCUGUAUAUAACCAACAGGUGCCUGCAAAUAAUGGUGCGAUGCCAGAAUAUGGUUUUAAUGUUCCUGGAGGAGUUCAGGCGCCACCUCAGUAUGGGUUUAAUCCACAGAUGUCCAACUAUCCACUCAAUGAUAGUCAAGGUGGGGAAUUUGCAAGCCCACAAUUUGCGACGCAAUUAUUGGCUCAACCUGUGGUCACAAACAUGGCAGUACAAUAUGGAAAUGCAUUAGUUGGUACUGGGAAACAACAUCUUGAGAAAUAUGUGCCAGUUACAGCAUUAAAAUACUACUUUGCUGUAAAUACAGAUUAUGUCUUCGCAAAGUUAAUGCUGUUGUUCUUCCCAUUUACACAUAAGGACUGGUCUGUAAAAUACGAACAGGACGUACCAUUGCAACCGCGAUAUGAGAAAAACGCGCCAGAUAUGUAUAUUCCUACAAUGGCGUUUUUUACAUAUGUUGCUACAGCGGGAUUAGUUUUAGGUAUGCACGAACGUUUCACUCACGAGCAAUUAGGUAUCCUUGCUAGUUCUGCUCUAGCUUGGGGUGUGAUUGAAUUGCUCGUACAUACCGUGAGCCUGUAUGUGAUGAAUCUUCAAACGAGUCUAACAACGUUAGACUUGUUGGCGUAUUGCGGUUAUAAAUAUGUCGGUAUUAAUGCAGCCCUACUAUUAUCGUUGCUAUUUCGAAAAUUUGGUUAUUACGCAAUGCUAUUAUACUUUAGCGUUUCUCUAGCUGUCUUUCUUAUGCGAUCGUUAAAAUUAAGAGUCAUUCCGCAAGGCCACAGUUCAUAUACGGCCUCUGGAAAUAAGAGGCGACUUUACUUUAUACUGUUUCUAGCUGGUAUACAACCCAUUCUGAUGUGGUGGCUGUCGUAUCAUUUAAUUUAAAUGGUAUACAUACAUACCCAUGUGUAAGAAAUUUAUUAAAACAAACAUAUGCAAUGAG